GUUCAGUUCUCUUUAGUCUGUUUCUAAUUCGCUUCGGCUAUGGUUGGUGUGCGAUACUUGCUAAAAUUGUUUGAAUAGUUUGAAAGCAUAAACGUUUAGUUUUUAAUCGAAAAUAUUCAAAAAUCGGCAGGAACCUUAAUGAAGUAUUGAAAGCAAAUGUAAUUUAAAAUAUGUGCAAUUGAUUUAAUUUGUUUUGAGCAAAAGUCGCCAGUCAGGCAUCAGCACUUAGUGUAAAGUGGAAAAGCAUAAAAAUUAAGUGGUUGCCAGCAACAAAUAAGCAAAAAUUCCUGUGCAGGCAUCCACUCACAUUGAGAUAGUCGAGGUUCGCGAUUUGUUUGUGCUUGUGUUUGUGUCUUGUUUAUUUUAAUUUAUUAUUAACAAAUAAUUAUAACAUAAUAAAAAUAGAAAAUAGAAAAAGUCACCUACUGCAAGAAAAAUAAAAAACGUAGAAAGUCAAGGCAAUUUGAAUAGCUUAAUAAUAAUUUGUGUUUGUCAAAAAAUUUGUGUUUGUUACGGCUAAAAUGCCUGUGUCUAGUUAAAAAAAAAAAAAAAAUUAAAGAAUUCGGUUUGGUUUCAUAAGUAAAAUGCAGCGAAAUACGUAAAAUAAUAAAAUUUGUGAUAAUAGUUGUUAAAAUCCAUAGAUUAAUAAUUGAUUUAUUAAUCAAAGGGAAAUAAAAGUAUUUUGUGUUAAAUGUAAUAUACGAUUUUUAAAUAUAUUUAUUAUCUAAACUUUUGUUCCUUUAAGUAUAAAGAAAGUAUAAACUUAAGUCACACAGUAUAGAAACAAAAAAAUAUUAAUUAAACCACGACAUUUAGCUGCCGGUUAUUUAAUAAAAGUAAACAAAUUUGAGAUUUUAUCCCGGGCAACGUUAUUAAUAUAUUUGCAAAAUUCAGUUCGUUUUCAUAUAUAAUUCCUCAAUACAUCCGAACGCCACGGAUCCAAAUCGAACUUCCGUCCCGACCGCUCCGAUCCCUCCACCACCGGACACUGAAUUUUUAGCGUCGGGCGGCGACAGUGACAGUGAUACAAUAAUCGUUGCCACAACAUUACCAAACAGAAGAGACUAUCUACUCACCCAUAGAGCAUCCUCUAACAACAACAAAACGAAAGCCCAACUAAACGACAUGGCUGUGGUACGUAAAAAACAGGAUGACAAUAACCUAAAAGCUCUUAGAGAGUUGGUUACAACAGGUGCUGGUAACAGGCAAUGCUUUGAUUGUGAUCAGAAAGGUCCUACAUAUGUCAACAUGACCAUAGGAUCAUUCGUGUGUACCCGUUGCUCUGGAGUGCUUCGUGGCUUAACUCCACCACAUCGAGUCAAAUCUAUAUCAAUGGCUACAUUCACACAAGAUGAACUUGAUUUCAUUAAAGCGCAUGGAAAUGAAGUCUGUGCAAAAACAUGGCUUGGCUUAUGGGAUCCAAAAAGAGUUAUUCAUCAAGAUCAUCGAGAAUUGAUGGUUGAUAAAUAUGAACGCAAAAGAUAUUAUUUGGAACCGGCUAGUCCGCUCAAAUCGAUAACAAAUGCAACUAAUGCAUUGAAAUCAAUUGUACAAAAUGGUAGCAGCAACAAUAAUAAUAAUAUGCAAGGAACAUCGAAUUUAACAAACGGUUUUGGUGGUUCCUCUAAUAAUAAUCAUAAACAUAAUGUAACAACAACGUUCGAUAACAAUUUUCAAAAUAUACAACUUACACCGCCAACCUCUCAACGAAACACACACAAUAGACAGCAUAAAACAUCACCAUCUACAGCAAUAGGUAGACCACAUCAGAACGGUUUCCAUCAGUCCAACCAAAACCAGGAUGCGUUUGGGCUGAGUAAAGGUCUAAAUGGGAGUACCGGUUCAGCAUCGACUGGCGCACUCUCGGAUACAAACAGCACAUCAAGCAAUGGUUUCGGCACGGACUCCGAUUUCGUAGCCGAUUUUGGUUCUGCUAAUAUUUUCGAUGCUACCUCCACAAACUCGGCAGCAACUUUGGCUGCUACGCUAGCGGCCACAGCAGUGUCAUCAAAUGGUUAUGCUAAAAUUCAACCUAUCAAAGCUGCAAAACAGAUGAUAAAUGGAGGUCAUAUCAAUUCUAACACACAGCAAAAUCGAAUAAAUUCCACUGCUAAUGGCAAUACAGAAAAUUUUGCUGACUUCGAUCAUGCACCUAUAUAUAACUCUGCUGCCAAUAAUCAAUUAAUCAGCAAGGCUUACUUAAUGAAAACGCCAACAUCAAGGGUAUCGACAACAAUAAACACUCACAUAAAUACUCCGAUGCAACAUCAACAUCAGAACACUUUAUCGAAUAAUACUUAUCUAGUUAAUAACAGGGAAAUGGAAAAUAUGAGUUAUGAAAAAUAUUAUAUCAAUAAUCACUACAACCAUAGAAAUCCUAACGAUAAUAAUAUUAAUAAUAGACAUGAUCAAACUCAAUCAACCGAUGUGAUAUUUAGUGAAAGUACAAGUAAUUUUAGCAAUCCAUUUGAUGGUAUCGUUUUCGAUUAUGCUAACCUACAUAAAAAUACUAAAAGUAUAUAUCAAAUUAAUAAUCAAACCACUAAUAAUAAUAGCAGCAAUUAUGUUAUCAGUGAUAGUAGAAAUACAGCAACGAGUAAUUAUUCCACGCCAAUUCAAAUAGAUCACAACGAUCUUAGUGUAAUUAAUAAUCCACAAUUGCAGCAGCAGAAGCAGCAGCAGGAAUUAUUGCAGAAACAACAGUAUAUUCAACAACAACAACAACAACAACAACAAAAACAUUAUAUCCAACAACAACAACAGUAUGUUCAGCAACAGCAACAGUUUCGCCAACAGCAGGAACAACAACAACAACAAUAUGUUCAACAACAACAACAACAACAACAACAUUAUCGCCAACAGCAGGAACAGCAACAUCCGUUGACACAAACAGCAAAAUUCACGCCACUUGCAAUGGCAGCACACGCAACAGCAAUGGCUGUGCUUGGUAGCAAUUAUCAUUUCAAUGGCAGUGAUACUACCAAUCGCAACAGCAAUAAUGCAAGUUAUAGUCAUAGCAGUAGUUGUGAAAACGAAAAAAAUAAUUAUAGUACCAGUGUGAAUAAUGAGGAGCAAUUACAAGCAUUUUACUCGUCGAAUUAUUCUCCAGAAACUGUUAAAACAACAGAUCUAUUAACGCCAACGACAAAUUUUUUAUCUUCGCAUAAUAAGUUUCCGACAACGACAGAGCAAAGAAUAGCUGCAAUAGCUGAAAAACCAAUAUAUUCUCCAUAUCCACACUGUGUGACGAAUCCGUUUGAAAAGGUUAUAGAGCGAUCACCUGCGAACGAUGACCCUUCCAGAGAUAUACAGGCAACAAUGGUGACACAAUUAAAUGAACACCAAAGAUCGACAGCAAAUACCACAACAACCUUCGCAAGCUGUUAUCCGCCAAUCUCAAAAUACUGUGAGCCUCUUUCAGUGUCCGAAACUUUUUCCAUACACAAAACUGAACCUGUAUUUGUUGAGAGUUUUUCACCUUUAAAUCCAUUUCGUGCACAUUUUAUAGAUAAUUCGAAUAGGCUGAACUCAAGUGUUGAUUGUAUGCCUGCGGGAAUUUUUGCACGUUCUGAAAGUAAUUGUAGUGAAGAAAAUUUUAAUUCAAAUGCAAAUUUUAAUUUCAAGUCAAACUCAAUUCUUAAUUCCAAAACAGUAUGUGAUAAUGUUUGUUCUUGGAGUUUUCACUUGACAAAUGGUAAUAUUUCGAAAACUUCAAAUGGGAAUCUUUUUGGUAGCAAUGAUAAUUUUAGAAACAACAACAAAUUAAGUGCUACUCCACCCGAGGAUCGGUACGCAGCUUUGAAGCACUUAGAUGAACAAAUACGCGAGAGUAAAGCCGUUGCGGAAGCGGCGGCGGCUGCAUCUGCAUUGGUUGAUAAUUUUGCAAACAAUACUAAUGGCAACAACAGCAACAAUACUAACAAUUCCUCGAUCAAUCCUUUUCAAUCAACACCAAAUACACAGAAUCAGAAUCUCUAUGGGCAUAUGGCAUUGUUGCCCAAUGGCAGCUUGGCAGGCAAUGGUUACGCUUCACACCAAACAUUGAACACACAACAGCAAGUAAAUGGGACAGCUACGGCGAAUUCUACAGCAGCUUUCUUCAAUUACUCCAAUGGACUUAAUGGUUCCAUGGGUAAUGAAACAAUGACACCAAACAUGUUUAAUACAACUCCAUCUGCUGCAGUAAGUGGACCAAAUGGUUGCGGCUUUGGUUUUGGAGCAAUGCAACAACAAAUUGCUACUAAUGGCGGUCUAGGAGGAAUGGUUGGUAGCGGAUUUAAUAAUCCUUUCGCUGCAAAUGGCUCCUUUAACUCAAAUAAUCCAUUCUUAUGAAAUUCAACCAACAAAAUCGGCAAAAACCACACGAAUUAUGAUGAUCUUAGGUUUUUUUAAGACUUCAUACAUAAUUCUAAAGACACACACUUAGUCGUAAUAAGGAUCAGGAAACCAUAACUAAUUUUAGAUAAUUAAAUUUAUAUCGCUUAUGUCAUUUAUAUAACAACAGACUUCGUUUUUACUUCGAAUCGAACAACAAAUGCAAAAUUUUAUAAAAUACAAAGGAAGAAAAUAUAGUCGAUUUUUAUAAAUUUUAUUU